CCCGGUGGCGCAUUUUCCCCCCCAUCAGGCGAAGGUGGCGAUUGAGGCGGAAGAGGGUGGCGCCUGUAGCUGAGGUUGGGUUGACGCGGGCCAAAAAGAGCGCUGGAACCAGCUCGGUCUGGGUCAGAGCAACCGCACGUCGGAGGCGACGGUAGGUGGUAGUCGCUGCCGUUGAGACUGAACCACCCUUCAAAUGAAAAACCUUUAAAAUGGAGCAACUAGAAGAAACAUCUAAAAGAAUUCUGUUGGAACCAUAUAAUUACCUACUUCAACUACCAGGUAAACAAGUCAGAACUAAACUCUCUCAAGCUUUCAAUCACUGGUUGAAUGUUCCUGAAGAUAAACUUCAGGUUAUCAUUGAAGUGACAGAAAUGUUGCACAAUGCCAGUUUACUUAUAGAUGAUAUAGAAGAUAAUUCAAAGCUACGGCGAGGUUUUCCAGUGGCACACAGUAUCUACGGAAUACCAUCUGUAAUAAAUUGUGCAAACUUUGUAUAUUUCCUUGGCUUGGAGAAGGUUUUAACACUUGAUCAUGCAGAUGCUGUAACAGUAUUUACUCGUCAGCUGUUGGAACUCCAUAAAGGCCAAGGCCUGGAUAUUUACUGGAGAGAUACUUACACCUGUCCUACAGAAGCAGAGUAUAAAGCCAUGGUUCUGCAAAAGACAGGUGGCCUUUUUGGACUCGCUGUGGGCCUCAUGCAGUUGUUUUCUAACUACACAAAAGAUUUAAAACCACUUCUUAACACCCUUGGGCUCUUCUUUCAAAUUAGAGAUGACUAUGCAAACUUGCACUCCAAAGAAUAUAGUGAGAACAAAAGUUUUUGUGAAGAUUUAACAGAAGGGAAAUUCUCAUUCCCAACUAUCCAUGCCAUAUGGUCCAGGCCAGAAAGCACACAGGUGCAGAACAUUCUGCGACAAAGGACUGAAAAUGUAGACAUAAAAAAAUACUGUGUACAUUAUCUUGAGGAUGUGGGUUCCUUUGAAUAUACACGGAAAACAUUAAAAGAACUUGAAUCUGAUGCUUAUAGACAGAUUGAAUCUCUUGGGGGAAAUCCAGAACUCGUAGCAUUAGUUGAGCAUUUAAGCAAAAUGUUCAAGGAGAAUGAAAACUGAAACCAGUUGUCAGAUACGUUGUUGGAAUCAAGGAAACUAAAUUUAAUUUUAUAAUACCUGCCAUUAAUGGCUAGGAACACAGUUGAAACAUUUUAAGUGAUAAUGGGGAUUUGGAUAUGUUUUGGUUUAUCUUUGACUUAAUUUCAGUUGCUCAUGUAAUGUUGCAUACAGCAGCAAAUUUAAAUAUAACUAUCAAGUCUUACUCUGCAACUUCAUUCAUAAUAAAUUUCUUUUUAUUGUGAAUUUAUUUUCAUUCUGACCAAGAUAUGUAUUCAGAAAAUGAUUACAAGAGGAUGUGGAAGUUCCACUUUCAAUGUUUUAUUAAAUUUGCAUUUAUCCAAUUCUGGUCUGUCC